UGGGAGGAGUUAAUGCAAAUAGAAAAUGCCUUGAGGGGCGGGUGUCAGUCUGGAGGAGUGGCUGUCUCUAGGCAGGAUCAUUUGCAUAGGGAACGCCUACAUGUGAUGCUGAGCUUUUCCAUGAUUGAAAGAACUAAAAUCAAAAGGGGCGGGGCCCAAGAACAGGAAACGGGGCGGAGCGCUCUCUGACACUGGCUGCAGGCUUCUAAUGCACAUUGUGAGAAGCUCCCAGUGUGCGGUGACAUCAGGAAGCCAUUCCAGUCCAGGGGAGGAGCCAGUACACCUGUGCAAGACUGAAGGGGAGAAGCCGGGACACCUGUGCACGACUGAAGGGGAGGAGCCGGGACACCUGUGCACGACUGAAGGGGAGGAGCCGGGACACCUGUGCACGACUGAAGGGGUAGAGCCGGGACACCUGUGCACGACUGAAGGGAGGAGCCGGGACACCUGUGCAUGACUGAAGGGGAGGAGCCGGGACACCUGUGCACGACUGAAGGGGAGGAGCCGGGACACCUGUGCACGACU